GAAGGGCCAAACCAUUUUAAAGGAAUGGCAACAUAAGUAGACAACUCAAACAACAGCCUCUUCCCCCUCCACAUUCCCCAAAUUCACUUAUCUUUUUCUUCCUCCUCCUCCUUGAAACAGAGCAAAAAACAAAAACAGAACAGAGCUCUGUCUGAACCCACAAGCCUCUUCUCUUGCAUCGCUUUGAUUUUUCAAGUUCAUCGUUGGAGAAAACAGACAGAGAGAGAGGCGAAGUGGUCAGACAAAUUCUCAAUAUUACAAAAAAACUGAAGUGCCCGUUGACCGGCGAGGUCAAUUGUUUUCUUUCAUUGUUCCCUCUUCUGUUACUGUUCCAUCGCCAAUCUCCCUCCGCCUCUCUCUGGGGGUGGAGAUGGGGCCGAAAGGAGAGAAAAACCCGAGCCCGGAUCAGGGAAACGGGUUCGGAUGCACGAAAACAGAGAAAGGAGAGGGCUUCGUCAUGAUCGAUGUGGAAAGCUUCGCUCCUCUUCUCCACAGAGACUUACCCUCCACCCCCACUUUCACCAGAAGUCUCUCGAGGAAAGGGUCGGGACGAAACUACAGCGAUAGGAGAAUUCAUUACGACCCAAAUGGCGUCGAGAAGGAGACUUCAAUGCCUCAGCCCCAACUCCUUGGAGUAGGGUUAGGCACGCCGGAAAAGUUGGCCGCCGCGGGAGAUCAUCAUGUGGGCCCCAUUGAUCUCACCGCCACCUCAACCGCCGUGCCGACGGCAGGCCUGCCGGUUCAUCACACGACCGUCACCGCCGGCAGCAUCUCCGACCAGUCCGAAAGAAGACUCGCCUUCUCCAAGAAGACGAGCCUCAAGCGUUCCCCGACUUCUUGGAUUCUAGAUCCCAAGAAAGUUGUCCUCUUCUUUGCCACGUUGUCAAGCGUGGGAUCGAUCUUGCUAAUCAUAUUCACUCUUUCGAUGACCAAGUCUAGCGGCGAAGAUAUCACGCUAGACUAAAUGUACAUAGGGCGUAUAUAUGGACCGACCCAAGUCUUUGGGCAUGGAAAUUCCCUCGGUACCACCAGCCAAAUAGUGAGGUGAUGAAGAAACAGCAAAAGGGUACGCAUGCCAUUGAGAAGAGGAAAGUGCAAAAGCUGACUUCGAAGGAAUUAGGCCCGAAAAAGAACAAAGGAAGAAGAGUUGAGAGUGGAAUGUGGGCACGCACGUUAUCAUGCAAGAUUGUGAGUUCAAAUUCAACGUGACAAAGGAUUGAGAAUCUUUUUUUUUUUCAAAUAUUUGCGUUCUUGGAUUCUCUUUGUUCAUAUGUUCGUUUCUGCAGCGGAUUAAACGGAAGUCAAUGAAGAAAUCUAGGGUCUUCUUUUGUGUAUUUUGUUGCCUUUGUUUGGGCAAAGUAUCACCCGUAGAUCUUGUCA